UGUGCGGCAAAACAUGACGUGCAAGCCAGCAAGGAAUUCCGAGGAUUAGCUGAUGAUUUAGGUGAAUUUUCGGUACUACACCAAGCAGAAGCGAUGGUGGUCGCUGUUGGGUUUGAGGGCAGCGCAAACAAGGUGGGUGUUGGGAUUGUGCGGGAUGGUGAGGUGCUGUCGAAUGUGAGGGACACAUACAUCACACCCCCAGGCGAAGGGUUCCAGCCAAGCGAGACUGCUCGGCACCACAGAGCAAAAGUCCUCGACAUUCUGCGACGGGCUUUGGAGGAAGCAAAGAUUACACCACAAGAUGUGGAUUGCAUCUGCUUCACAAAAGGGCCAGGAAUGGCUGCGCCCUUGACGGUAAUGGCGGUGGUGGCUCGGACCGUGGCACAGCUGUGGAACAAGCCCCUCGUCGGCGUCAACCACUGCGUUGGCCAUAUUGAGAUGGGCAGGUUAAUCACUGGUGCACAGAACCCGACAGUGCUGUACGUGAGCGGUGGCAACACGCAGGUCAUUGCGUACUCCCGCCAGUGCUAUCGUGUCUUUGGUGAGACCAUCGAUAUGGCAGUUGGCAACUGCCUUGACCGCUUCGCGCGUGUCCUCAAGAUUUCAAACGAUCCCAGCCCCGGGUACAACAUUGAGCAGUUGGCGAAGGAGGGCAAGAAGUUUAUCCAGCUGCCGUACGUCGUCAAGGGCAUGGACGUCUCCUUCUCAGGCAUUCUUUCGUUCAUAGAGAAGGCAGCACGAAAGAAGAUUGCCAAGGGCGAGUGCACGGCUGCGGAUCUUUGCUAUUCUCUCCAGGAAACCGUCUUUGCCAUGCUCGUCGAAAUCACAGAGCGUGCGAUGGCGCACUGUGGAUCACAGGAGGUGCUGAUUGUUGGCGGUGUUGGCUGCAACAAGCGUCUCCAAGAGAUGAUGGGGGUGAUGGCCAAGGAGCGUGGUGCAAUGUUGUAUGCCACAGACAUGCGAUUCUGCAUCGACAACGGCGCCAUGAUUGCACAGGCCGGGUGGGAGCAGUUCCGGAGCGGGGGCGUGACGCCACUGGAGGACACGUGGGUUACACAGCGCUUCCGCACAGACGACGUCCAUGUUGCAUGGCGCGAAUAGCGCACAAGCGCGGCUCUGUGUUAGUGGCGCUCUGAGCUGUGUGUGUGUGUUGUUGUUGUUGUUGCUGUUGUAGCUGUAUGUAAUGUAAGUGUAUCUCUGCAUGUGUGGGCAUUCAUUCGAAGCGCAAGUACACGAAGGCAAACAGCAACACAAACAUCAACGCCACGUGCAAUUUGGAAGGACCACAACACACGCGACAA